ACUACAGGUGCGUGCCACCACGACCGGGUAAUUUUUUGUGUAUGUUACCACCAGAUUUCUAUUGAGAGACAUGGAGGCCAGAAAGCAGUGGAGGACAGCGGCCCUCAGGAAGCCACUGGAGGAUGUUGUCAGAGGCUGGGGCAAGGGCCUUCAGGAUACCAACUGGGAAUUCUGGGAACAGCCCUGUUGCAAGCAAGAGGUCGUGGCCAGGCUGGAGUCCAGGAAUGUGGGCUGGGCUGGGAGCCAGGUGACAGCCUUGAGCUUUACUGGGAGCAGCCUCUGGACAGGAGAGGUCAGGCAUGGCUGAGAAGCAGGCUACUUGGUGCUGAGGGGGUGUGUGUGUAUGUGGUGUGAGAGAAUGCAUGUGCUCUGAGUGUGAGUCUGUGCAUGUGAGCAUUGUCUGUGUGUGGGUGGUUUUGUGGGUAUGUGAAUAUGUCCCUGCACAUGUGAACAAGGGGACAAGAGUCUGGGAGUGUAGAAGAGGUGUGUGCAGCAUCAGGCGUGUGCAUAGCGUCUAUGCAUGUCAAGAGUGCAGGGUGAAGUGAAGAGACCAGGCCCGUGCGCCUCUGAUCAUCAUGAACUCCCAAGGCCCCAGGUGAGUGCCAGUGACAGACAAGGGUGGUGAAGGCCACUCUGGAACGGGCAGGUGGGGUGAGGAAAGGGCAAGAUUAUGUUCUGGAGGAGGGGUUGUGACCACAAAAGGGCACGUGAGCCUAGCAGGGAGGCGGAUGGCAGGAUCCACUGAGACCCUGGUUAUCCCAGAAGCCUGUGAGGGCUUGGAGAGUUGGGAAAGGGAGUGACUUCUCCUCUACCACCCUACCCUGGGUAAACAGCUGGGACAAGGACCUUUGGUGCGGCCCCUACCUGCCCUGGCCUGACCCUGAACCCACUGGCAGCACAGUCAACACAGUAGAUUGGCUCACAGCAGAGGGCAAAGGCCAUCAUCAGCUCCCUUUAUAAGGGAACAGUCACACACUCGGUGUGCUGAGAGUGUCCUGUCUGGUCCUCUGUGCCUGGUGGGGUGGGGGUGCCAAGUGUGUCCAGAGAGCUCAGUGGGCAGCAAGGCAGCCAUGGGGCUGGAUGCACUGGUGCCCCUGGCCCUGACAGUGGCCAUCUUCCUGCUCCUGGUGGACCUGAUGCACCGUCGCCAACGCUGGGCUGCACGCUACCCGCCUGGCCCUAUGCCACUGCCCGGGCUGGGCAACCUGCUGCAUGUGGACUUCCAGAACACACCAAACAGCUUCAACCAGCUGCGGCGCCGCUUUGGGGACGUGUUCAGCCUGCAGCUGGCCUGGACACCGGUGGUCGUACUCAACGGGCUGGAGGCCGUGCGUGAGGCGCUGGUGACCCGCGGCGAGGACACCGCCGAUCGGCCGCCUGUGCCCAUCUACCAGGUCCUGGGCUACGGGCCGCGCUCCCAAGGGGUGUUCCUGGCACGCUACGGCCCCGCCUGGCGCGAGCAGAGGCGCUUCUCCGUGUCCACCUUACGCAACUUGGGCCUGGGCAAGAAGUCUCUGGAGCAGUGGGUGACCGAGGAGGCCGCCUGCCUCUGUGCUGCCUUCGCAGACCACUCCGGACGCCCCUUUCCACCCCGCGGCCUCCUGGACAAAGCGGUGAGCAACGUGAUCGCCUCCCUCACCUGCAGGCGCCGCUUUGAGUAUGACGACCCUCGCCUCCUCAGGCUGCUGGACCUAACAAUGGAGGGACUGGCGGAGGAGUCCGGCUUCCUACGUGAGGUGCUGAAUGCCAUCCCUGUCCUCCUGCGCAUCCCCGGGCUGGCUGGCAAGGCGUUACGCUCCCAAAAGGCUUUCCUGGCCCAGCUGGAUGAGCUGCUGAACGAGCACAGGAUGACCUGGGACCCAGCCCAGCCACCCCAAGACCUGACUGAAACCUUCCUGGCAGAGAUGGAGAAGGCCAAGGGGAACCCCGAGAGCAGCUUCAAUGAUGAAAACCUGCGCCUAGUGGUAGCUGAUCUGUUCUCUGCUGGGAUGGUGACCACCUCGAUCACGCUGGCCUGGGGCCUUCUGCUCAUGAUCCUUCACCCAGAUGUGCAGCGCCGUGUCCAACAGGAGAUUGACGACGUGAUAGGGCAGGCGCGGCGACCAGAGAUGGGCGACCAGGUUCGCAUGCCCUACACCACUGCUGUGAUUCACGAGGUGCAGCGCUUUGGGGACAUCAUCCCCAUGAAUAUGCCCCACAUGACAUCCCGAGACAUUGAAGUGCAGGGCUUCCUCAUCCCUAAGGGGACAGCGAUCUUCGCCAGCCUGUCAUCAGUGCUGAAGGAUGAGGCCAUCUGGGAAAAGCCCUUCCGCUUCCACCCUGAACACUUCCUGGAUGCCCAGGGCCACUUUGUGAAGCCAGAGGCCUUCCUGCCUUUCUCAGCAGGCCGCCGCGCAUGCCUCGGGGAGCCCCUGGCCCGCAUGGAGCUCUUCCUCUUCUUCACCUGCCUGCUGCAGCACUUCAGCUUCUCUGUGCCCGCCGGACAGCCCCGGCCCAGCACUCAUGGUGUCUUUGCUUUCCUGGUGACCCCUUCCCCUUAUGAGCUUUGUGCUGUGCCCCGCUAGAAUAGGGUAGCUAGUCCUCAGCCUGCUCCCUAGCCAGGGGCCCUGAUGUGCAAUAAAGCAAUGUAGUAGUUCCAA